GUUAUCGUCCUAUGCCAACAGACCCUUACCUGGGAGGGAAUUCACCCUUGCCACCCCCUGUAAGUGACAGGAUGAGAAAGAGACGGGCUUUUGCUGAUAAAGAGUUGGAGAACAUUAUGCUAGAGAGAGAGUAUAAAGAGAGAGAGAUGAUGGAAGCUACACAAGCAGCUGCCCUUUUUUUCCCUAACCGUAUGGUGCGUGGAGCUGAAUACAACUCCUAUAAAACAGCCUUCAACACUACUCAAGUUGAUACUCCAAACAAGGAGUUCUGCAAUUUUUUACCAACCUGCCUUGAUCUAACCAUGCAGUAUUCAGGAUCCACCAACAUGGAACUAAUUUCUUCAAAUGUUAGUGUAGCUGCUACCUACAGGCAGUAUCCUCUGUCUUCUAGGUUCUUAGUGUGGCCAAAAUGUGGCCCUAUUAGUGAUGCUCUCCUCUACCAGCAAUGCCUGUUAAACACUACUACUGUUCAAGCUCUCAAACCUGGGGCAGGUUGGGAUGCCAAGGUCUCACAAAAUCAGGACUGUCCAAACACUGAGCACGACAUCAUGCUUCCAAAACUGGAAAAUUCACUCAUCCUGACUCACACGCCAGACAUUCAGCAGUCACGUAACGAGAUACCAUGCCUUCCUCAGGAAGCUCGUGAGAGGUCAGCCUUCUCUCCUCCAAAAAGGACUUUCUCGCAGGUUUCUGAUAAGGAUUCUCUGUCUCCUCAGGAAUAUGCAUUAAGCAAGAUCAGCAAAAACAGCACCAAACCCCUUCCACCACUCAAAUACAAUCCAUUUCAGUCAGUGUUCCAGCAGACAUUUCCUGACAGACCAGGAGCAGAAUUAAGAGCAACAGUUGUGAAAGAGACUUUUGACGAUGCUUCUAAGAAAUACAGAGAGUGUGCUAUUAAAGAGAACCAAAAAUGCAAGCUUACUGAGGAUGAAUGUACAAAAGACUUGUUUGGGGCCAAACAGACCACAACAAAAUUUUCAGCAACUGAGCCCCUGUCAUUUUCAGUUGAAUCCAUCCUUAAACGACCUUCUUCUGGAGGUAACAAUGUCUCUCAAUGA